CCCCUGCCAAACACACACGGGUUCACACCCUGCUCUCAGCACCUCCUGGAGCCCAGCACCCGCUUCCCAUGUCUAUGGUCAGCCUAUAUUGCCCAAGCUUUUGCAGCUGUGUUGAGGAGAGCCAGAGCCCAGGGAUUGAUGGGGCCGUCUGCUCGUCUGUCGCACCUGUGCUGAGUGAGCAGCAGAUGAGAACAUGCUCUAAAGUCCUUCGCAACGAGACCCAGGAAUCUGUGGGCGAGCCCAGACCGUGAAGUCCUCCUGCUUUCUGCCCACCAUGGCCUCUACUGACAAGAAUGGCGGGAGCCUCUCCUCCGUGUCCAGCAGCCGCCUGCAGAGCCGGAAGCCACCCAACCUGUCCAUUACCAUCCCGCCACCUGAGAGAGAGAGCCAGGCCCCUGGCGAGCAGGCCAGCAUGCUGCCUGAGAGGCCCAAGAACCCAGCCUACUUGAAGAGUAUCAGUCUCCAGGAACCACGGACACGAUGGCAGGAGAGCAGCUCUGAGAAGCACCCCGGCUUCCGCCGCCAGGCCUCCCUGUCCCAGAGCAUCCGCAAUAGCACGGCCCAGUGGUUUGGGGUCAGUGAUGACUGGGAGGAGAAGCGGCAGCACUGGCGGCGCCGCAGCCUGCACCACUGCAGUGUGCGCUAUGGCCGCCUGAAGGCCUCCUGCCAGAGGGACCUGGAGCUGCUCAGCCAGGAGGUGCCUUCUUUCCAGGGCACCGAGUCCCCCAAACCCUGCAAGAUGCCCAAGAUUGUGGACCCUCUGGCUCGGGGCCGGGCGUUCCGCCACCCUGACGAGGUGGACCGGCCCCACCCCCCGCACCCGCCGCUGACCCCGGGGGUUCUGUCCCUCACCUCCUUCACCAGCAUCCGCUCUGGCUACUCCCACCUGCCACGUCGGAAGAGGAUGUCUGUGGCCCACAUGAGCUUUCAAGCUGCUGCCGCCCUCCUUAAAGGACGCUCAGUGCUGGAUGUCACUGGUCAGCGGUGCCGGGUGAUCAAACGCAGCUUUGCCUACCCCAGCUUCCUGGAAGAGGAUGCAGUCGAUGGGGCAGACACAUUUGACUCCUCAUUUUUUAGUAAGGAAGAAAUGAGUUCCAUGCCUGAUGACGUAUUUGAGUCUCCCCCACUCUCUGCCAGCUACAUCCGAGGGAUCCCUCGCUCAGCCUCCCCUAUCUCCCCUGACGGGGUACAAGUCCCCCUGAAGGAUCACGGCCGAGCCCCGGUACCCACAACCAGGCGCGGCAAGCGCAUCGCCUCCAAGGUGAAGCACUUUGCUUUUGACCGCAAGAAGCGGCACUAUGGCCUGGGCGUGGUGGGCAACUGGCUGAACCGCAGCUACCGCCGCAGCAUCAGCAGCACAGUGCAGCACCAGCUGGAGAGCUUCGACAGCCACCGGCCCUACUUCACCUACUGGCUGACCUUCGUCCACAUCAUCAUCACACUGCUGGUGAUUUGCACCUAUGGCAUCGCCCCCGUGGGCUUUGCCCAGCAUGUCACCACCCAGCUGGUGCUGAGGAACAAAGGUGUAUAUGAGAGCGUGAAGUACAUCCAGCAGGAGAACUUCUGGGUUGGCCCCAGCUCGAUUGACCUGAUCCACCUGGGAGCCAAGUUCUCACCCUGCAUCCGGAAAGACCAGCAGAUUGAGCAGCUGGUGCUGCGGGAGCAAGACUUGGAGCGGGACUCAGGCUGCUGUGUCCAGAACGACUACUCGGGCUGCAUCCAGACCCAGCGGCAGGACUGCUCGGAGACUUUGGCCACUUUUGUUAAGUGGCAGGAUGAUACUGGGCCCCCCAUGGACAAGUCCGAUCUGAGCCAGAAGCGCACAUCAGGGGCCGUGUGCCACCAGGACCCCAGGACCUGUGAGGAGCCAGCCUCCAGUGGUGCACACAUUUGGCCGGAUGACAUCACCAAGUGGCCGAUCUGCACGGAGCAGGCCAGGAGCAACCACACAGGCUUCUUGCACAUGGACUGCAAGAUCAAGGGCCGCCCCUGCUGCAUCGGCACCAAGGGCAGCUGCGAGAUCACUACCCGGGAAUACUGUGAGUUCAUGCACGGCUAUUUUCACGAGGAAGCAACACUCUGUUCCCAGGUGCACUGCUUAGAUGAAGUGUGUGGGCUGCUGCCCUUCCUCAAUCCUGAGGUCCCAGACCAGUUCUACAGACUUUGGCUGUCUCUGUUCCUACAUGCUGGCGUGGUGCACUGCCUCGUGUCUGUGGUCUUUCAAAUGACUAUCCUGCGUGACCUGGAAAAGCUGGCUGGCUGGCACCGCAUUGCCAUCAUCUUUAUCCUCAGUGGUAUCACAGGCAACCUUGCCAGUGCCAUCUUCCUCCCAUACCGGGCAGAGGUGGGCCCAGCCGGCUCACAGUUCGGCCUCCUCGCCUGCCUCUUCGUGGAGCUUUUCCAGAGCUGGCAGCUGCUGGAGCGGCCCUGGAAAGCCUUCUUCAACCUUUCGGCCAUCGUACUCUUCCUAUUCAUCUGUGGCCUCCUGCCCUGGAUCGACAACAUCGCCCAUAUCUUUGGCUUUCUCAGCGGGCUGCUGCUGGCCUUCGCCUUCCUGCCCUACAUCACCUUCGGCACCAGCGACAAGUACUGCAAGCGAAUCCUCAUCCUGGUGUCCCUGCUGGCCUUCGCCGGCCUCUUCGCCUCCCUGGUGCUCUGGCUGUACAUCUACCCGAUUAACUGGCCCUGGGUCGAGUUCCUCACCUGCUUCCCCUUCACCAACCGCUUCUGUGAGAAGUAUGAGCUGGACCAGGUGCUGCACUGACCACCAACCAGAGCAGAGCCUGCUGCCUCCCCAAGAGCACUGACAACACGGUGUCUGUGCCUGCAAUGGAUGCCUGCCUGCAGAGCACCCCCCACCCUGCACCCCAGAGGACCCCGGGUGGGGGCCUAGGCUCUGGGCCCAGGUGUCCCCUCUGCCAGGCAAGGUUGAUUCCAGGUGAGAUGAAGAUCAAGGGGGGUUCCUUGGCCCAAGCUUGAGGACACCCAGAGCACCUGCUUCUCUGAGCCUUGUCCCAGGCCCUGACUUCCUCCCAUUCUCCUGCUGGAUACGUGUCCUAGGGGCAGGUUUCUUUUCUUCCAGGGGUCCUCACUGCGGCCCCUACUGGUGCCUUCUCCCCACUGUUAUUGGAACAUACCCUGCCAGGGGUAAAGCUGCUCCUCAGCUGUGCCCAGGGUUCCAUGCCUACUGUGACCCCUUUUUCUCUUUGUCCCUCUGCCUUGGGAGGCCACCCAUAGGACCCCCAGAUCAUCUGUGGGAGAGGCUUUGGCCACAGUCUGGGGACAGAGAACAUGUAAGGAGGCAUAGUUAGAUGGAUGCCAAGAGCCUUUGUUUAUGUUUGGCAACCAGAGGCUGUGUCGCCCCCCAGCCUUCCCCAGUGCUCCCUUCGGCACCAGUGCUCUGCCUCACAGGCUGGCUCUGGUGAGGGCCUCCUCUGCCUCACUUCGCCCAAUGUGGUGAGGCUGAGGCAUCUUGAUGACCUGCGGCCCAAGGUGCUCAAGACUCAGUCAGGCCCAUUUUUUACCAGUCUAUAUUAUGGUCCUAAUUUUAAAAAAGUAAUGCUAAGUUUGUAUGGAUGGUGUCUCAGGCAUAUUAAAUGAUAUUCUUUAUGGAA